AUGAUUAAGAAAAUCAAUGGAAUCGAGCCCAGGAGUAUGAAGAAAAGAACAUCAAAGAAAAACCACAUUUCAUGGAUCGCACACGUCUGCAAUUACAAAUGCUAUAUUACCUUCCUUACUGGAUGCUACAGUUGCCACUGGAAAUUCAAACAGUGGGAAAAAACAGAGCUUGGAUCCUGCUGCUGCUCUCGGGUAGAACAGUUUUUUUAUGUAUGCCUGGUGAGUUCAUUUAUCCUGUCUUCACUUUUGCUGUUCUUGUGGAUAGAAACCUCCAACGAAUACUUUGACUUAGACUGGGUCGCUUAUUUAGGAACAAGACGGUGGUUCUUCUGGUCCAUUUUUUUGCUGAGUUUCAUUGGGACCAUGACUCUCUACACUCUUUUGCUGUUGAUAGUUGGAAUUUUGUUGCUUUGGGAAAGAAUUGAACUCUACUUGCAUACAUGUCAUAAGGUGCUGAUUAUGCUAGUGAUUCCUAUAUGCAUCUUUUUUAUGGUCGUUAUAUGCAAAUUCUGGAGAGACAAGUGGUUGAUAGCUGGGCUGUCCCUGAAGAUCUUUUCUCCCUAUGUGCACCUGUGCAGCAUAACUGUGAUGACUAUCAUUUCCUGGCCUCUGGCCUUCUGUGUGGCCCAUUUGGAAGCCGAAGUUAGAAUAAGAAGAUUCAAGUUGACAUGUUAUGAGAAAGAUAUACUUGAGGAACAAAAUACAAUCAAAAGGUUAAAAGCUCUACAACUGGCUGCUGGAUUGCCCUUUCUUCUUAUCCUUUUAUGUCUCUAUUUGAUGCCACUGGGGAUUUAUUCUCCCUGCAUUCAGAAGAAGGAGGAUUUGGGGCCUAAGCCCGUCUUCUUUGGACACAGAGGUGCACCCAUGUUAGCACCAGAGAACACCAUGAUGUCCUUUGAGAAGGCUGUUGAACAUAAGGCCUAUGGACUGGAGACUGAUGUAUACUUAAG